GCAAUAUCGGCGGAGGUGGGUGGUGACUGGGCGGUGCCCACGAGGCCCCGGGUGAAGUGUGAGUGCGCGAGCGCGAGUUCCGGUGGGAGGGCAGCGCUGACGGCCGGCACCUUCACCAUGCCCUCGGCUGAGCUGGACUACACCAUCGAGAUCCCGGAUCAGCCCUGCCGGAGCCGGGAGAACAGCCCGAGCAAAGGUGGGAAGGAGGCUGGGACUCGACAGCCAUUGGUGAUUCUCUUGGGCUGGGGUGGCUGCUCGGACAAGAACCUUGCCAAGUAUAGUGCCAUCUACCACAAAAGGGGCUGUAUCGUGAUCCGAUACACAGCUCCGUGGCACAUGGUCUUCUUCUCCGAGUCCCUGGGCAUCCCUUCACUUCGUGUUUUGGCCCAGAAGCUACUUGAUCUCCUCUUUGAUUAUGAGGUUGAGAAGGAACCCCUGCUCUUCCAUGUCUUCAGCAACGCUGGUGCCAUGCUGUACCGAUACGUGUUGGAGCUCCUGCAGACCCAUCGACGCUUCUGCCACCUGCGUGUGGUGGGCACCAUCUUUGACAGCGGUCCUGGUGAUAGCAACCUGGUGGGGGCUCUGCAGGCCCUGUCAGCCAUCCUGGAGCACCGGCCUGCCGCGCUGCGCCUGCUGCUGCUGGUGGCCUUCACCCUGGUGGCAGUCCUGUUCCACAUGCUGCUCGCUCCGCUCACCACCCUCUUCCACACCCACUUCUAUGACAGGCUACUUAACGCAGCCUCUCGCUGGCCCGAGCUCUACCUCUACUCGAGUGCCGAUGAGGUGAUCCGGGCCAGGGAUGUGGAACGUGUGGUGGAGGCUCGCUUGGCGCACCAGGUCCAGGUGCGCUCGGUGAACUUUGUGUCAUCUGCCCAUGUCAGCCAUCUCCGUGACUACCCCACCUACUACACGAGCCUCUGCGUUGACUUCAUGCGAAGCUGUGUCCACUGCUGAGAUCCUUGUCCCACCCACCUCACGUCUGUUCCAGAAAUAAAUGCCUGACGCCUCCCUAUAGCCUGUAUCCAUGGGUGGGGUCCUCUUCUGGUUAGAUUCCCUUUGGGGCUUUGAGGUCGCCCAAGCAGAGAAUUCCCUUGGGCCCCUGUCCUGGGGGACUGUGGUGGUUGCUUAUCCCAGGAUCCUAGGGGGUGGAAGUCCGUGGGCAUGUCUCUGGGGGAGCCUGGCGGUGGUUGUGUUUGGUCCAGUGUAGCUGCCAGGCUGCUAAUUCCUGUGGCAUUCAGGCCGAUGGGUUUGACCAAGUGCAGGUGGGGGGCUGAUAAUGAGGCCCAGGGUUCAUUUCUGAUUCCUCGAAUGGAAAGUGAGCUUUGUGAGGAGGUGCCAGAGGGCAGGAUCAGGCUGGGGCAGGUGCUGUGAUCUCUGCUCCAAGUUCCUGGAAGGGCAAAGCCCGGAGGCAUGAAGUGCCAUCCCUGUGGAUGCCUCUCAGCGUUUCAUGCAGAGACUUCUCCAACCUCACUGCCGGGGAGUCUGAGGCAGAAGUCGGAUGGGGAGCUGAGGGUGCAGAGGUGGUGGGCCUGCCCAGGUCCACACUUUGCCAGGAAGCCACUGGAUCCAGGGAGGUUGCAAAGUGUGUGUGUGAUGGGCAGAUGGAGUGGGAGCAGAAGGAAGACAGCAGUGCCAUGUGGGAGCUGGGGCAGGUGAAGCCAGGAGCCUGGAAGACCAGCACCAGGGCUGGGGCCAUUUGGCUGAAACAUCAAACUCCCUCAUCUCCGUGACGGGGUCCCACUUGGAUCCUUUCUGGGCUGGAGUGGUGGCUCUAGCCUUAGAAUUCUGUGUCUUCUGUCAUUCCACAAGUGCCUGCUCCACAAUGUUGGCACAAAAUAGGCAUUCAGGAACUCUGUUGAUUGAAUGAGCGUACUGUGGUGAUCGAGGGACUGGGGGGCGGUGAUGAGCUUUGAGAGUUUGACAGGCAGUGGAGGAGAUGGCUGGAAAAUCUGAGGGAGGGAGCUGAGUCCUGGUAUUCUCAGGGCUUGUGGACCCUCUGGGAGCUCUAUUUGCGUGGAGUCUGUCCACCUGGCCCUCUGGGGGGCUUGGCAGCUGAGUCCUAGGCUGUGUGGCUGCAUUCCUAGCUAUGGCCAACAGGUGGCAGUGCUGCCUGUGCCAUGAGUCGGAGAUGGCGAAUCCCACAGCACCCGAGCUUCAGGCCCUCACUCUUGGAGAGCAUAUGGCCCCAGGGUGGGAGUAACCAGCCACGAAAGACCUACUAAGUUCAAGGCAGGGAGAAGGGAGAGUGGAGACCUGAACUGAGCCUGCCUGAUGGGAACUGGUCAUUACCUGCUUGUCUUCCAAACCCUUAGCAUCACUGUGGCUGUUCCACCUGGACAGGCCACAUCCUUUCCUGUAGAAUCGCUGGUCUCAGGAUUCUUGUGUUCAGGCUGUUUGGAGCCAUCAAACUGGGCAUGGAGCUGUGAUGGGCCUCCGCUGGGCUUCAACUGGGGUGAUUUGUCACUGGGUGCAGGAGGUGGGUGCUGCCGACUGGACCUGAUUCUGUCACGUGCACUGUGGGCAUCCCAGAGAUCGGUGUGUGUGAGGCAGUGGAUUUGGGAAGCUAGAGGGUGGACCUGGCAUGUGAGGAUUUGUAAGAAAAAGGAGCCUGGAGUUACGGAAAUACUCUGGGGUCUUGAAUUUGAGAGUAUUUCCUAAAAACAAGCUUUCUGUGGUGGGUGAGUACGCACCUGUGGCUUUGAGCACUGCCUGACCAAGCCCUUGGAUGCUCAUCGCUCGGGCAGUGGGCAGCCGUGGGGACGGCGACCUGACAAAGAAAGCAUCAUCUCCAGUGCCAGCUGCCCAGCCAUGGUUGCCUGACUUGAGGGUCUGCCUUGGAUUAUAGAGGUUUCUACUGUUUCCACUUGGGGUUCCAGGCAGUAGCAAUACUCGGCUACUGGUCACUGGGUUGGAGAACAGAAGCAAGCCACAAGGGUGCUGAGAUGGAGGUUCUGCCUUUGGUCCCUGGCUUGUUUCAGGGGACUAGAAAGUGUUGGAGGCUUGGGGCUUGCGUUUUCACCUGCCCUAGACUGGGGGCUAGAGCUUGCAUCCCCUCUGCACCCCCAAGCUCUGACCUCUUCUGUGAUUAAUGAGCUGACGAUUCCACAUCAAUAAAGAAUUAACCUGGAGCCCCCACCCAUCAAUAGUCAGGAGUCUAGGUCCUCAGCCCCACCCCCCACCCCAAUGUAGUACUCCAGGGUCCCUGAACAGACCAACCCCACUGUUUCCACACCCAUAGCCACGUCCUUUCCCCUACACUGCUGCCAGGAAUUAACCCCUUAACUGCCCCUGUUCACGCCCCCUCAGCACCCUCACCUCUACACACAAACACACAGGCAGCAGCUGUUUAUAUUGGUUUAAUCCAUGUCAAAUGUAGUUUACAAAGGGAAAGGACAAGUACCUUUGUAUAGAAUAUACAGACACAGCAUCACACCAUGGGGCCCAGGGGCGGGGCAGGGAGGCAGCACUUCUCCCUGGGAACAGCAGCUCUAAUCCCAGGAGUGGUUCUUAGCACGAGGCUGGGCAGGUGGGAGCACCCUCAUCCACCCCCAAUCUCAGCCCCUGCUGUAGCUCGGUUCCCAUUUCUGUACCUCCCCUGUUCCCAACUCCUUACAAAGAGCCCCAGGAGCUAACACUAAGGAGAGGGUCACGUCCCUUGGGGCAUGUGCCCCAUGUCUGGGAGAAGAAAUAUACACCACUGAACACCGAGCACAUGGGAGAGGGAAGGGACACUGUGGGAGAGGGAGAGGCAGGCACCCCAAGAGGUGGAUGGGCCGAGCCCCCAGCCAGCCCUGAAGGAGGCACCGCUUCCAGGUGUUCUUAAAAAAA